AUGCGGUACGGCGUAAGAAACACAGUAGAGCGUCUCGAUAGGCCGAGCGCAUACUACCACAGCAGGAACAAGCGCAGAAGGAACGACCACCGCGACGACGAGGACUCUAGGCCAGCCGAACCCGCCGAGGACCCCCUUGCCCACGCCACGACGCUCUACGUCGGCAACCUCUCCUUCUACACGACCGAGGAGCAGGUGUACGAGCUCUUCUCCAAGUGCGGCGAGAUCAAGCGCCUCGUUAUGGGCCUCGACCGCUUCAACAAGACCCCCUGCGGCUUCUGCUUCGUCGAGUACUACACCCACCAGGACGCCCUCGACUGCAUGAAGUACAUUGGCGGCACCAAGCUCGACGAGCGCGUCAUCCGCACCGACCUCGACCCCGGCUUCGAGGAGGGCCGCCAGUACGGCCGCGGCAAGAGCGGCGGGCAGGUGCGCGACGAGUACCGCGAGGAUUACGACGAGGGCAGAGGCGGACUUGGAAGGGCCAUCCAGGACCGCGGUGGAGAAUAUGACGAGGGACGGUAA